CUGGAACCGACCCAUACAGAAUCAGGAAGACUCGGUUUCCCGAAAAGCUUCACGGUGGGGUGUGAAGGCCCGUGUCGCUUCCAGGGAAACAUAGUUCUGCCGCCUCCAUCGCCCGUUGUGUCUGCGAGGAGAGAACUCAGUUUCCCAGGCAGCGCUGCGGCAGCCAGUCUGAAGUCAGACUUUCCCGGCCUACUAGGAGGUUUGAACCCGGCGGCGGCAGUAGUUGCUGGCUCAGGUUUGGUGGCAUGGCCCCAGGGUCCUGCCUUUGGGACAGUGUCGGCCAAGAUUCAGUGCCUUCAGCUCUCACCUGAUAUCUGCGUAUCAAUAUAUCUGGCUUUCUCUCAGUUUCCCAAGAGCACCUGCUCCCUUGCCUAGUCCCCCAGUCACAGUUCUGGUUUGACUGGCAUCCCUGUCCCUAGUAUUGCAUCACCACUGUCCCCUUUCGAUCUCCUGUUGUGACAUUUUUGGGGGCUGUAACUUGGGUAUCUCUCGCUGGGAGAGCAAAGGGCACAAGACGCUAGGGAGCCAGAUCUCUGUCACAAGGUAUGAGCAGGAGCCUGAGCUGGUCUGAGCAGCUCGAUGCACUUCUUGAUGCUACUGAUGGAAAUGUGGCCCGGAUUAAGCAGCGGUUGUAUCCCCUUGGGGCCUCCAUUGCAGUAGGAGACCUGGCAGGGGCCUGGAUUUUCCCUCAGCACAUGCCUUCCCAGCCAGGAGUCCAAGCUCAACAGCCUUGGGCUCUAGAGACACCCAGUGGCCCAGACAGGUUGAGCUGGGGUGGAAUCUAUAGUCCAUCUUCUCUCUGGGAUGAAGUUAAUAUUCUCCGGUCCCAGCUUCGAUCUCAGGCUCAGGUGACUGAGGCACUAAAGCAGGCCGUGCAGGGCCUGCUGGAAGAGCGAGAACAACAGAAACACCAAAUCAGUGCCCUAGAAGCGUCAUUAAGGUUGCUGCAGGGGGGCCCAGAGGGAAGGACUCUACUCUUGGAGCAACGCCUGGAGGGGCUGAGAAGGGAACUGCAGGGCCUAAGGAGUCAGGUGCUGGAACAGGCCCAAGCUCAAGGCCAAGCCCAGAUGCAAACAGGACCAGGAAAGUACAGUACUACCAGUGUCCUUCACCAAGAGCUGCAGACGGAGCGGCAGCUGCUAUGGGAGGGGUCAGAGGUUUUGCUGGAGGAACUGAAGUUGCUUCGGGACCAACUGAGCCAGCACCAGGAGCUGCUGCUGAAACAGAUGACUGAGGGGCGGCAGGCUCAGGCAUGCAGCUGGAAGAUUGCCAGAGGUACACCUUUUCCAACCUGGAGCUCAACAGCUUUCAGCUCCAUGCCGAGAGUCUUGAGCAAGAAGACCUGUUCCUUCAAGGCCCCAAGAUGCUCCUGAGUGAUCUGUAAGGACUUAUAAGAGUAGUGGGAUGAAGCCUUCUUUUCCCCUUUUCUCUCUUGAUCUAACGUGUAUCUGCUCUUUCUACUGAGGCUUCUCACUGCCUGCCUGUUUCUGUCUCCCAAUUGCAAUAAAAUGGUAUAACCGUC